AUGCUCGCUUCCCAUUUGUAUUCCAGAUCUUCUGUUCAGAAUGGGGCCUCCUCUUUACCUCCUAUCAGAUUUGGCCCUUCCCUCCUACCAAGGAGACCGCUGGUAACAUUCACAUUUUUACAUGGAAUUUUUCGAAAUAAAGGGGGCGGUAUAGGAUUCGAACCCCCGAUAUCACUGCUAAGACCCUCCGACUCGCCCACUCGAGCCGCUUAGCCCUUCAAAAUUGGUGAUCAAGGUGCAUCAGGCUUAAGUUCUGCUUUUUCAAAUUGCACAAAUCUCUCUAAUUUGAAACUUGAUUUAAGUAUCAAUAAAAUUGGUGCAAUUGGGGCAAAAAGCUUAGCUUUUGCUAUAGCAACUUGCAAUAAUAUCUCAAAUUUGACACUUAAUCUUUAUGAAAAUAAAAUUGGUGAAAUUGGUUCAAUAAGCUUAGUUACUGCUUUAGCAAAUUGCGCUAAUCUCUCAAAUUUGGCACUUUAUUUUAUUAACAAUAAAAUUGGUAAUAAUUGUGUGCCAGACUUAGGUUCUGCUUUAGCAAAUUGCACUAAUCUCUCGAAUUUAACACUUGAUCUUAGCUACAAUUUAAUUGGUGACAAAGAUGCAUCAGGCUUAGGUUCUACUUUAGCAAAUUGCACUAAUCUCUCAAAUUUAAAACUUGAUUUAAGUGGCAAUAAAAUUGGUGACGAGGGUGCAUCGGGUUUAGGCUCUGCUUUAGCAAAUUGUUCUAAUCUUUAAAAUUUGGCAAUUUAUCUUCAUCGCAAUAAUAUUGGUGCCAUUGGUGCAUCAGGUUUAGGUUUAGGUUUAGAAUAUUGCACAAAUCUCUCAAGUUUGUCAAUUUAUCUUUAUUAAAAUUAAAUUGGUAAUGAAGGUAUAUCAGGCUUAAGUUCAGCUUUUGCAAAUAUCCCUAAUCUCUAAAGAUUGACACUUAUUCUUAGUGAAAAUUAAAUUGGCGCAAUUGGCGCAUCAGGCUUAGGUUCUGCUUUAAUAAAUUGCCAUAAUCUCUCAAAUUUGACAAUUGAUUUUAGCAAUAAUUAAAUUGGUGACGAAGGUGCAACAUGCUUAGGUUCUUCUUUAGCAAAUUGCACUAAUCUCUCAAAAUUAGCACUUUAUCUUAUUGUCAAUUAAAUUGGUGCAAUUGGUGCAUCAAGCUUAGGUUUUUCUUUAAAAAAUUGCCCUAAUCUCUAAACUAUGAUACUUCAUCUUAGUGGCAAUAAAAUUGGUGACGAAGGUGCAUCAUGCUUAAGUUCUGCUUUAAAAAAUUGCUCUAAUUUAUCAAAUUUGACACUUUAUCUUAGUUCCAAUAAAAUUGGCAAUGAAGCAGCAUAGUGUUUAGGUUCUGCUUUAGCAAAUUUCACUAAUUUCUAUAAUUUGACACUUGGUUUUAGUAAAAACGAAAUCAAUGAAUAAUAAUAAUUGAAACUAGAAAGCAAAUGUCUUAAAUCAAAAAGAUUAGUUUCUUUUAAAAUAUAUUUCUCAUGA